AUAUUGCUGAGUUACAGAAAAAUAUUCAACUUUUAUUUUGAUAUUUUAGAUUUAAUUUAUAAUAUUACAGCAAGCAUACUGAAAACUUAUUUGGUUCAAAAAAACGUCAAUCUACAUGUCACAAUGACGCACGCAUUACCCGGCGUUGGGGUUUUUGGGACCGGUAUCACAGCAAAGCUAAUGAUACAUUUGCUCAAGACAUCGGGAUUCAGGAUUGAAGCGCUUUGGGGAAGAACAGAAGAUGAAGCAAAAGAGUUGGCGAGUUUGUUGGAUAUUCCCUUCUCAACUUGCAGUAUUGAUGACGUUUUACUCAACCAGAAUGUUGAUUUGGUUUGUAUAAACUGCCCGCCAUUUCUACAUUCACAAAUCGCAGUAAAAACAUUGGGUAUCGGUAAGAAUGUAUUAUGUGAAAGACCCGCUGGUUUAGACCAAGAUGACACAACGCGGAUGUUGAAAGCAGCGUUAUAUUAUCCAUCACUUAUGUCCCUUAUGACGUAUCAUCUCCGUUUCCUUCCAACAUUCAUGGAGAUGAAACAACAGGUUGGUGAUGGCAAUAUAGGUGAGUUGUUGGUGGUUGAGGUUCGUGUGCAUUCAGGUGUGUCACUCAACAUCAACUAUAACUGGUCACAUGACAGCAAGAUGGGUGGGGGGGUGCUUACAAACCUCGGCGGACAUUUUGUUGACAUCGUGAACUUUGUUUCGGGCCAGAGAGCCGUAAAAGUUCACGGAUUCGUCACAACUUUUCAGAAACAAACAGCGAAGGUUUCUGGGUUUCGUGAAGUUACAAGCGAUGACUUUUGUACCUUCCAGAUGAAGAUGGAUCAGGGUGCGUGUUGUACUUGCGUGCUUAACAACAAUAUCCCCGGAAAAUUCUCGUACGAAGUUCUUUUCAUUGGAACUUCUGCAUGUUUAAUAGUAAAAGAUGGCGUCCUACUUCGGCAAAGUCGGGUGAGCGGAAAUUCAGCUGCUGUGCAAGAAAUAAUAACAAAGGAUUGCCAAGACACCCCUGAAGGACUAGAAACAAUAUUCCCAAGUGAAGUACUGGCACAGAUCCCCGUACCUCUGUGCCAAGGAACAUCAGAAUUUAUUAAUUCGCUUAAAAGUUCCUUUCAAGUCCAAAACGACCGAAGGAAUUGGAACAAAACCAUCCUCGAUCGAGCAGCAACGUUCGAGGACGCACUUUACGUACAAACUGUUCUUGAAUCAAUCAGGAGAUCUUCGCAAACCAGUGAUUGGGAAAAGGUCGCCCACAUUGAACAGAAACCAAUGAACAAAGAUACUUUGCUGCAAUCAAUCAACUCAGUUUCCUCUUAACUUGUAGCAAUUAUUUGUUUUACUUUUAUUUCUUGCUGAACCUAUUUAUCCAGCGUUUCUUUUAUAGAAGUCCCAACAACCAACUCCACUGUAUAUUGUUACCUUGAUUCGCAGUCAAACUUUCAAACAAUAAUUAUUUUAACUUCAAUUUGUUUUAGUUGGUGCAGUAGUUUUAAUUCCCAUAUUUUACACUAUGUACGUUUGAUGGUUUAACGAAGCUUGAACAAAACCUUAAAAGUAAAGUUAAGCUUUCAUGUUUGUUUUUACCCAUUUUUAAUCUUCUAAUAAUCAUGUGCUGAUAUAUUUAUAAUAAGUUGUUGCGAUUAUAAUUAAGCCAUAUAUUCAUUACACAGUAGUUAGAAAUAACAAAUUAUUUCAUGUCAACUUUUGACCUAACAAUGCAUUUUCGUCACUGUCAAAAUAAAUUCAACCAAAUUUA